AUGCUGGCGCAUGAAGGUGAAAGUAGUCAAUCAAGUAGCUCAGAGUCAGACUCAGAGGAAAAACGGUCUACUGAAUCUGAACAAGAAUUCAAUGAUCAAGUUGAAGGUGAGAAUUAUUUUCAUUUUUUUAUUUUUUCUUUAGCGUCCCCAUCACAAACAGCAAGUGAGGAAGACUCGGAUGAUGCUGGUGGAGAAUCAGAUGAUGAAGGACCGAAAAAAAAAAUUCCUCGACGAUCUAAAAUCGAUGAUGCUACGCUUAACGUAAGUCCUGGUUUAAUUAUUUAUUGUUUUAAUUUUAGUUAUUAAAACAAGAAAACCUGGUGCGGAGAUCAAAUAGAAAACGAAAAGUAGAUGAAGAUUCAGAAGACGAUUCCCCUAAAACGUCCAGGGGAAAGAAGAAGAAGUGGGUUUCCAAUAAUUUUGUAUUUAUUUUUAGACCGUCUAGUUCAGAAUCUGAUCCUUCCACAUCCGAGUCUGAGUCGGAAGAUGAUUAUGGCGAAAGUCCUCGAAAACGAAGGCGGCCGGCGAAGAAGGCUGGAAAAACCAAGAAACCAGUGAGGAGGGCCAAGGGAAAUCAUCAAAAAGUCAACUACCAGGAAGAUUCAUCCGAGUCUGAAUACAAUUCAGAUGAAGUGUUGGAAUGGGACGAAGGAAAAGCGACUCCAUCUCCAGAAGAAAAUCACACUGAAGUUGUGGAAAGGGUGUUGAAGCAUCGUUAUGGACGGGCAGGAGCAAUAGGAUCCAAUACGACUGAAUAUAAUGUACAAGUACAAGGUGACCCUAACGCAAACGCCGAUGAAAUUCCGUUUGAAGAAAGGGAAUUACAAUUUCUGAUCAAAUGGCAAGGUUGGUCUCAUUGGCAUAACACUUGGGAAUCUCCAAAAAGCUUAGCUGCCAGUGGAGCCAAAGGUUCCAAGAAGUUAGAUAAUUACAUAAAGAAGAUGCAGGAGGUUGAAUUAUGGUAUGCCGCUUUAUUUUACACGCUCUAUCUUUGUUUAGGAAGAGACAUGCGGACAAAGAGUAUAUAGAAGUUUAUGAUUGUGAACAAGAAAUGAAUGACGAGCUUUAUGAACAAUAUAAAGUUGUGGAAAGAAUCAUUGGGCACCAAGUGUCCCGGGACAAAGGAAACGAAGGUGAGAGACAGUACGAAUACUUUGUCAAAUGGAGUUGCUUGUCUUAUGCUGAUUGUACAUGGGAGGAUGAGAAUUUGAUCAAGAAGAACUAUGGGGUCAAGAUUGAAGAAUAUAUGAGACGAAUGGAGGCAACUACAGUGCCACAUAAAGGCCAGACUGUAAGUGUACAUCUGUUUAAAGAUUUCCUUGUUUAGUAUCGGAAGAGACCCAAGUUCCAAAAGCUGGAGACGAUGCCAGAGUAUCUGAACCAUAAGAAUAAUUCUGAAAUGGAACUCAGAGACUAUCAAUUACAAGGUUUGAACUGGUUGUUGCAUGCGUGGUCUAAAGGAAACAGCUGUAUUCUGGCAGAUGAAAUGGGAUUGGGCAAGACGAUCCAGUCCAUCAGUUUUAUUUCGUCACUGUUCCAUCUCCAUGAAAUCUACGGACCUUUCUUGGUGGUUGUUCCUUUGUCGACUAUGGCUGCUUGGCAGCGGGAAUUUGAUGCAUGGGCAUCCGAUGUCAAUGUUGUCACUUAUGUGGGGGAUGUGACAUCGCGCGAACAGGUAUAUAAAAAUUGGAAUAUAAAAAAUUUGUCUAGAUCCGGCAAUAUGAAGUAUACCAACAAGGAACUAAAAGAUUGCGGGUUAAUGUUUUCUUGACCACUUAUGAGAUCUUAUUGAAAGACAAAGCUUUCCUGGGUACGUUCGACUGGCAAGCUCUGUUGGUCGACGAGGCCCAUCGAUUGAAAAACGAUGAGUCUUUGCUGUACCAGUGCUUGAAGAACUUCAACACGGCCCAUCGUGUUUUAAUAACCGGAACACCGCUACAGAAUUCAUUGAAGGAACUGUGGGCUCUAUUGCAUUUCAUUAUGCCUGAGCAGUAAGUUAUUCUUUAUAUUUUGAUCUCUUGUUUUAAGGUUCUCCAAUUGGGAUGAAUUUGACGCCGCUCAUCAAGACCGAGAUCAUAAAGGGAUAUCAUCACUUCACAAGAAAUUGGAACCCUUUUUAUUAAGAAGGGUGAAGAAGGAUGUGGAGAAGUCUCUUCCGGCCAAAGUGGAACAAAUCCUCCGGGUGGAUAUGACUGCUCAACAAAAACAAUUUUACAAAUGGAUUUUAACUAGAAAUUAUGAAGAGCUCAGCAAGGGUGUGAAAGGAUCUAUCAACGGAUUCGUGAACGUGGUUAUGGAACUCAAGAAGUGUUGCAAUCAUUCCUCGUUGGUACGACAGUAUGACAAUAUCGAAUACGAGGCACAGGCCAGAUUGCAGGUAUUUUACUAUCAUUGUUUCUCAUUGCAUAAUUUAGCAAUUGCUCAAAUCGUCUGGGAAGUUGAUUCUUCUGGACAAAUUAUUGGUGCGAUUAAAAGAAACCGGUCACCGAGUUUUGAUCUUCUCCCAGAUGGUGAUGAUGUUGGACAUCCUUCAAGAAUACAUGUCUCUCCGAAGAUUUGCCACUCAACGAUUGGACGGAUCGAUGAGGUCGGAUCUCAGAAAACAGGCGCUUGACCACUUUAACGCCGAAGGCUCUUCUGAUUUCUGUUUUCUUUUGUCCACUCGGGCUGGUGGAUUGGGUAUCAAUCUUGCCACUGCGGAUACCGUAAUUAUCUUUGAUUCUGACUGGAAUCCCCAGAAUGAUCUCCAAGCAAUGAGUCGAGCCCAUCGAAUUGGCCAAAAGAAACAGGUUAGGAUUAUUUUAAUAACACAAUAUUAGGGUGUCCCAUAAGUCUUCCUGAUAUUUGAGGUUGUGUGAACCUUAUCAACUCUGAAGUGCAUUAUGGGGUAUGUUGGAGAUACGGUUUGUAGCUGAGGAAUAGCGCUUUUUAACCGUAUAUGGCAAAGCGACAUAAAGUCAACCUGGGACCUACACUACCCCGGUAUUGUAUGUGCCCCUUUCAGAACAAACUGUGCUACAAUGUUAUCUUUUCUCAUGACGACGUUUUUGGGUUGCGUAAAGACCCCUUAAGUUUUUUGGGCUUUAUGAAAAUCUAGAACAAGGUAUCCAGCGGAUAUAUAGUUAAAACGGAUGAAUUUUGUUUGAUUUUUAUUCUGGUAACAUGGCCUGAUUGGGCACCCUCAAAAAAUUUUAUGCAUUAAGAUAUUCGUUUGAUAAAAAAAGUCUGAAGAACAGCGUUGUAAGUAUUAAUUCAACGGAAAACAGUGGACCCAGUAGAUAAUCUCAAGGGUGCUCGCCUAGAUACCAGAAGGCUUUCCCCACCUAGUCCCAGAAGUGGAUCAUUAUCUGUCCAUAGGGCCUGUCGUUAGUUUGGGAUUUUAUGCUGUUUAAAGGUGACGGAUGGCGGGUUUAGCUGAACCAAACAUUAAGGAGUGCAGUCAUUUGUGCCACCGUAAUGAGGCUUUAAAUCUUAACCCCGAAAAUCAGCAAUACUUAUAGCACUCUAAUACUUACUUCAUGUCUAUAGGUCAACAUCUAUCGAUUUGUCACCAAGAAUUCAGUGGAAGAAAACAUCGUGGAAAGAGCGAAGCAGAAGUUGGUUCUGGAUCAUCUGGUCAUUCAGAGAAUGGACACCACGGGAAAGACUGUUCUUUCAAAGUCAGCAGUGUCUAAUUCCAAGAUCCCUUUUGAUAAGAAUGAUUUGAAUGCCAUACUUAAAUUUGGAGCUGAAGAAUUGUUUAGAGAAAAGGAAGGAGAAGAGCAAGAGCUUGAGCUGGAUAUUGAUGACAUCUUGAACGGAGCAGAAACCAGAGAAUGUGACAACAUUGUAAAUUGAAUCAUUCAUAUUUACGGAUUUAUUCUUUAGGAGACCGGAAAUGAACUGCUCAAUUCAUUCAAGUACACAAACUUUGUUCUGGAUGAAGAAAAAGAUUUGGCUAUGUUGAACACUGAAAAGAACAAAAAUUCAACACAAGCCGGUAUGACAGAAGUUGAAAACAAAUCUUGGGAUGACAUUAUACCGAAGGAGAAGUUGGAUCAGAUCAAAAACGAAGAGUUACUCAAACAAGAGGCAAUGCUCAACUUAGGACCACGAAAUAGAAACAAAGUCAACGGAGACGAAGCUGCUGAUAUAAGUUCAGGGGAUGAGAAGGGGAAGUCAAAGAAAAAAGGGAAAAGGAAAUCCAAGAAUACAGUUUCGGAUUCUGAUAGCUCCGGAUCUGAAUCAGACAGUGGCGGGAAAAAGAGAGGCGGGAAGAAGAAGGUCAUCUUCAAUUUUACAGACAAAGAAGUCCGCAGAUUCAUGAAGAGUUAUCGGAAGUUCGCCUAUCCGUUGGAACGGUGAGCAUUAACUCUAUUCAGAUAAAUAAUAUAAUUUUAGACUUGAUUCUAUCGCCCAGGAUGCUGAAUUAGAAGACCGGAGUAAGAGCGAACUCUCUGAAUUGGCUGAGGAGAUCAAGAAUCGGUGUAUUGUAGCAACAGAAAACUAUUCAAACGAAUCCAAACCCGAAGAAGAAAAUGAAAAUGGAAAACGGAAACAAGUAAGGUCCCCUUAAAUAUUCAAUUUCUGUCUUUAGGAUCGUGGGCCAACUUUUAAAAUCGGCUCUCUUGAUGUAUACGUUCGUCCUCUUCUUAAGUCACAACAAGAACUGGAACCCCUUCAUGAAUUCGUCAAAAAGUGUGGACCGUCCUUGAAAGGAUUCAGUCUCCCCAGUAAGGUCAAGGAUCAGAACGGAUGGGAUUUAGUGUGGACAGAAGAAGAUGACAUUGCCCUCCUAAAAGGCAUCUACAAGUAUGGCUAUGGAAGUUGGGAAUCCAUAAAAAUGGACCCUGAUUUAGGAUUGGCUGAAAAGAUUCAAAUUAAAGAUAAAACGAAGAAACCUCAACCAAAACAUCUCCAGAGCAGGGUCGAUUACAUUCUAAGGAAUUUGGGAAAACUUAAUGGAAAGACUACCAAAAAGAGCAUCAAAACACCAACGAAAAAGAGUGUCAACAAGAAGAUGAAAGUAAAGAAAGACGAAAAAGUGGACAGAAAUAAAGACAGAGCAAAGGAAAGGAAAGAAGACAAGAAAGAGAAACGAGACGAUGAUCAUAAGGUGGGAGACAUUUGCUUUACUUAUUUUCAAUUCAGGAUGACAAGUAUCGACAGGUUCUGAAUAUCAAAUUCAAUACUGAAAAGUAUGGUAGUGCCCUGUUGGACAAGACCGCCGACCCCUUCCAGAAAGUGGUCGAAGCUUUCAGGCCAAUGAUCAAGUACAUCAAACGUCUUGUCAGUCCAGAAACAGAUUUUGCACACGAAGGGAUCAAGGCCUUAAUUAAGAUUGGGGAUUUUAUUGUUGAUUUCCUCAAAGCCAAAAGGUAUGUCAUCAUUACUUAUAUACGAUGGGCGUUCUGUAGGAACUCUUCCUGGUCAACGGAUCGAUGGUUUAAUUUGAUGUGGAUCUUCGUCUCGUCUUUCUUCAACCCGGCCAAAGAGCCCAAACUUUUAUUCGACUUGUACAUAAAGAAUGCACGCGACCACAAACACACGAGUAAACACAAUUCGACCUCAUCCCACAACCUCAGCGCCAAGCCAAGCAGUCAUCACCGUGACUCCCACCGCAGUCGACAUCAUCACCAUCAUCAUUCAGAAACCCCGAGUCGUCAUUCCGGAACAAUAUCAGUACAUAACAAGAGAAUUUAG